AUGCCUGCGAAUGAGCAUGCCGUCGCUUCCUCCGCUUCGUCCAAACCACCAAGCCCAGACCGCAAUGUAAAAAGUGUAGUAUUGGGCAAUAUUCGUUUCAAGACCUGGUUCCACUCACUAUAUCCAGAAGAGCUGGUUGGAAAGGACACGGACAGAGUGCCACACCCCGCUUUUGCGAGCACAGGUCCAGCCCUCCUGGCACAAAGUCUAUGA